GCAGAAGAAAGACCUAUCCAUUUACAGCUGUCGCCAGACAUCCGAUCGCGUUUGCAUGGCGAAAGGAAACCUGAUCGGCUGAAGACCGCCGAGAGCAGGAGGAGUGACUGACCAGGAAGCGCUGGGAUAAAAAAAAAAAAAAAAAAAUGUCUUCUUCCUCAAACGAGGUCAUAAUUACAAAUGAAAUUAAGAAGGAAAGCCUCGCGUCGUCGGAGAAGCGGGACACGGAGAGCAUUAAGCUGCUCGCCCUGGACGCGCCGGGGCUGUCUAUGGAGCACGCGACUCCGGCCGCGGACGCCGUGCACGGGGAACUUCUCGUGAGCGCCUCCUCCACGCUGGCCUUCUCCCCCGAGCAAGUGGCGUGCGUGUGCGAGGCUCUGCAGCAGGGGGGCAACGUGGACCGCCUGGCCAGGUUUCUGUGGUCCUUGCCGCAGAGUGACCUGCUACGUGGCAACGAGAGCAUCCUGAAAGCGCAGGCGCUCGUGGCUUUCCACCAGGCGCGCUACCAGGAGCUCUACAGCAUCUUGGAGAACCACAGCUUCAGCCCGUCCAACCACUCGUCGCUACAGGACCUGUGGUACAAGGCGCGCUACAAGGAGGCGGAGAAGGCGCGGGGGAGACCCCUGGGUGCCGUGGACAAGUACCGCCUGCGGAGGAAGUACCCGCUGCCCCGCACCAUCUGGGACGGAGAGGAGACGGUGUACUGCUUCAAGGAGCGCUCCCGCAACGCGCUCAAGGAUUUGUACAAGCAGAACAGGUACCCGUCACCUGCCGAGAAGAGGAACCUGGCAAAAAUCACGGGGCUCUCCUUGACUCAGGUGAGCAACUGGUUCAAGAACAGGAGACAGAGGGACAGGAACCCGUCCGAAGCGCAGUCCAAGAGUGAAUCCGAUGGCAACCAUAGCACGGAGGAUGAAUCCAGCAAGGGUCAAGAUGACCUCUCUCCUCGCCCAAUCUCCAACUCCCCCGAUGGGGUGACAUCCCUAGGUGCUGUUCCCAUGGGGACCUGCUUGGAUAGCAGCCUGGUGAUCCAGCAGAUCGGGGAUGUCAAGAUGUCCUCCAGCAGCAGCGUGGUCUUCAAUGGGAACCUGGUGACAACGAGUCCCGCCACUGUUUUCCACAAUGGCAGUUCCUACAUCCAGGCCCCUGGCAACAUCCUCUUCAAUGGCCUCAACCUUGGUGCCCAGGCUCUAGCCUUCAGCCCCCUGCGGCCCUCCUCCAACGGGGAGGUAUCGCCACACCCUGCCCAAGACAAGAGUCUCACUGGGCUGGCUGCGAGCUUCCCUCAAGCCUACUCGUUCUCCAGCUGCACAAACGGCUCAGAGGUGAAGCUGGAGGGGGUCCAGACAGUGGCCCAGCAAAACGGCAUCUCCUCUGUGCUCAGCCUGUCUGCCUCUUCUGGACACCUUCCACUUGGGAGCUACAGCCUACUCCACAUGCCCAACGCUGAUGGCAACAACGUUGGCCUCCCACCACUACAGUUGCCUCCGGCCUCCAUAGGGCCCUCUCAAGGUGUCGUGCCGCUGGCUUCUGGGGCAUCUGGCUCUCCGGGCAGCAGUGACUCGUUCUCCCUCCAGCAGCAGCAGGACAAGGUGGUCCUUGCUUCGCUCCAGCCCAGCGCGGUGCUUCACUCCAUGGCCGGCACAGCCGCGCACUCUGUCAUCAAGCAGGAGCCCCUGGAGGGGGCACAGUAUUCCUUUCCAUCUGAGCUGCACCUUGACCAGGGAGGACAGCUCAGCUACUCCCCCGCACCCUUGAACUCCAGCCAGGCCCCACCCGGCAGCCAGGCCUCGGCCUCUUCUGCGGUCAACUCGUCUAGCUCCGAAACGGGGGGGUACGCCACUCUCACCGUUAGCCCCCCGCCUGGAGCCCAGACUGUCUCGCCACACCAGCACAUGCUCCCUUCAGACUACAGAGAUCACAGUCCGGUACCCCGACAAAGCCACUCGCUCACGCACAGCCUGAAUGGCAAUUUCCUGUCCAUCGCAGAAGACAAAGACAGCGAGGCUGGUGUAAGUGACAUGGUGAGAGUGAUGUGUGGCGAAAUGGAGGCCGAGGAAAAGGAGUUGGCCAAGCUUCAGAAUGUUGCGAUGGACGAGGACAUUGGCGAUCUCUAACCUCUCUCGUGCUGUCGUCCGCUUAAAUGGAAGGGUGCGGUGUGGAACCCUUGCAUUUUUUUUUUUUUUUUUUUAACAUCGCUGUUCGUUUCCUUGCGCUUGUUAAAUUAUUCGCCGAUGCCUUCAGCGUGAGAACCGCUCACGGGCCUGAAAAAUGCACUCGAACCACACAGAUUUCUCUCGCUCUACUGAAAAUGACAGCUGGGCUUUUCUCCGCGAGAGAACAGUCCCUCCCUUAGUUUUAAAGUCACUGUUAUGGAAUACAAAUUACUUGCAUGAAUUUGACCCAGAAUAAUGGCAUUAAUCAUUUUACAUGGACUUUUCUCUCUGCCCAUUGGUUGGCUUUGAGGAGUAAGUGCCGGGCGGCAAUUUGGUCAGGUGACCAAAGCUCUCCGCUGUCAUCUGGGUCCCUUAGCAGCCUCACCUACCAAGGAACAGUAUACCACGGAGCAGCAGACACAAAUGUACACAAAACAUCAUGUUAGUAGAUGUUCUCUGCAGGUAGCAGUUAUAUGAAAUGUGGUCUUUUAUUAAGCUUUUCUAAACUUAUAUGUAGUCUUUUAAACUCUCCAGCUGUGACUAGAGAUCAGCCUUCCUUUGCUGCCUUUGUCAUUGUGGUCAUUGUUGCUGCACUCACAGAAAGAGGAAUGUGCCUUUUUGCAUCACAGUUGUGUUUUUUUUUUUUUUUUUU